CGUUGUUGCAUAAUCGGUUGCAAAAGCAUUGUGCCUUACGCUGCUAGCAUUAGUUUACAGAACUUUCCGGAUCAGAUCCUCGAAUAAAAUUACAUUAGAUAGGAAACCGAGAACGUUUUCUACGUGUCGAUUAAUGUGUGGUUCUGUUGUAUGAUUAGGCUGAGAGUGUAGGAAAGUGCUGGGAAGGUGAAUGUAGUCCCAGGUUAGCUCGUUAGCUAUCUAACCAGCAACCACACGCAGGAGAAAAGCAUGAACCAUAAAAGUAAAAAGAGAAUAAAAGAGGCUAAGCGGAGCGCCAGGCCUGAACUCAAGGACUCGUUAGACUGGAUAAAACACGGUUAUUCUGAGACCUUCGACCUGUCACACCGCACCGUGAAGGACAAUGUGGAGCGAGUGGAUGCCCUCCAUCUGAGUCCAGAAGAGUUCAUCCAGCGCUUUGAGCGGCCCUACAAACCUGUCGUCCUGCUCAAUUGUGAGGACAGCUGGCCCGCUCGGGAAAAAUGGACCCUGGAGCGCCUUAAACGAAAAUAUCGCAACCAGAAGUUCAAGUGUGGGGAGGACAACGACGGGUACUCUGUGAAGAUGAAAAUGAAGUACUACGUAGAGUACCUGGAGUCCACCAAAGAUGACAGCCCGCUCUACAUCUUUGACAGCAGCUAUGGCGAACACGCCAAACGAAGGAAACUGCUGGAGGACUAUGAGGUGCCGGUGUUUUUCAGAGACGACUUGUUCCAGUUUGCAGGAGAGAAACGCAGACCUCCUUACAGGUGGUUUGUAAUGGGUCCAGCUCGCUCCGGUACUGGAAUCCACAUUGACCCGCUGGGCACCAGUGCCUGGAAUUCAUUGGUUCAAGGCCACAAGAGGUGGUGUCUGUUCCCCACCAACACGCCCCGAGAGCUGAUCAAAGUGACCCGAGAAGAGGGGGGGAACCAGCAGGACGAGGCUAUCACCUGGUUCAGCAUGAUCUACCCUCGAACGCAGCAGCCUGCCUGGCCUCAGGAGUUCAGACCGCUGGAGAUCCUGCAGAGACCUGGAGAGACUGUGUUUGUUCCCGGUGGAUGGUGGCAUGUUGUGCUGAACUUGGACACAACGAUCGCCAUCACUCAGAACUUUGCCAGUACCACCAACUUCCCCAUCGUCUGGCACAAAACGGUUCGAGGACGACCCAAGCUCUCCAGGAAGUGGUAUCGGAUUUUGAAACAGGAGCGUCCAGAUCUGGCUGUACUGGCAGACAGAGUGGACCUGCAGGAGUCCACGGGCAUCGCUUCGGACAGUUCCAGUGACUCUUCUUCGUCGUCCUCAUCGAGCUCGUCUGACUCGGAUUCUAAUGCAGAGUCGGGCUCUGAGGGCGACGCCAUGACCCACCGUAGGAAGAAGAGGCGCACUUGCGGGAUGAUGGCCAAUGGUGACUCAACCACCCAGGAUGACUGCGCCAGUAAGGAGAGAUGCUCGUCACGGUGACCUUUGACCUCCACUCAGUGGCCCCCAUCGUUCUGAGACUGACCUCCAGCUGUUUCUGGAUUUGUUUGGAAGGUCUGAGCUCCUGGUGGGGCUGGCCGUUCAGACAGGGGCCACGUUUAGGGUGUUGGCUGCUGCAGACCUUCAUCACUGUGCUUCUCACUGGGGGGGUGUGGGGGGAAUUCAGCUCUGCCAUUAUUUUUCAAAUCACAUCCAGGAGAAAAACCUGGAACACGACCUCACUGCUGUGGGUUUGCUGCACAGCGCUGUGUUUAGGGCGCUCGGAGAACCCAGUUUUAUGGUCUCCUGACCGGGAUGUUGGAACAUUUUAACAUUUCACUGGCUGCUGUCAGAAAUCUGAUUCAUUAGGAUUUCAUUUGCUGCUCCAUCCUGAAGCAUUCAGGGAAAAAUCUAAAGGUUCUGCAGAUUUCUUUCAACUCGAGUUUAACGACUCAGGACGGAAACAUCCAGAUCUCUGCUGAUGGUUUAUUCAGCUUCAUCCUGCUGGUUUAGCUAAAUGUCUCCACUCUUCUGAAACUUUUAAUCUGCCUUUUGUUGAUUGGAUUUUCAGAAUAAAAGCCUUAACCAGAACUGCGUGCUGCAGAUGUUCAGCUCUAUGUGGCGUGUUCGCUCCAGUUGCUGUUAGAACCCAAACCCACCUGGAUCCAGGUGAAGCCGGUCUCUGGCUGCGGUUCUGGUUUAAGCGGCAGGUUUGUGUUUGGUUCUGAGUAAGUGUUCUAGUUUGGAUGGACGUGUUGUUUCUGGUGUUUUCUUCAGUAUAUCGGGCGGGUCAGUGUUCCGUAUCCUGGCCCAGUUGUAUUAAUGCCAAACUUAACCGCCGCUAGUCACUUUUGCCAUUUUGGAGCAUCAUGCUGAAACCCAACAGCUUUCUGAGCCAAAGUCGUUGUUCUGAGUGACCAGAACCCAGGUCCAGUCAGGUUCUGACUCUGCUUGUCGAUGUUGAAGGUGACUGUAGUUCUGUCUCUAGGGUUCUGUCUAGGUUGGAUCAAGUGACCUGACCCGUUGUGCUGACUCACAUUCAGAUAUAUUUUCAACUCUGAUUCUUGCUGAGUCAGCAAAUUCUGUUUCCAGCUGCAGGACCAGAACCUGCAGGUUCUGUAUGCUGCUGAGCCCGGUGUUGAUUUGGUUCCUGACUAAAGACGCUCGUGGGUCCUGGCUUUAAACGGCUCCUCGGAACCAGAAUCCUCCUCCCAGACAAUUUCAUUUAAAUUUAACAGAGAAGAUGUGGUUCAGAUAAAUCCACAUAAUCGGACUUCCUGUUGGCCGAGCUCCUUAUGAACGGGCAGGAAUGAUGUGAGCACCCAUCAACUGAAAUGUUUCAAAUCUGUUUCAGGUUAUUUCUCUUUGUCAUGCUGCUUUCAGAGCCAGACCUGAGCUCUUCUGGUGGCUUUUAUGAAUUUCUAAAUCUGGUUUAAUAUGAUGUUAAUCGGUUUAAAUAUUUAGAGGUGAACGUUCUGGAAGCAUCGAGAAUCUGAAGUGCCUUCCUGGUCCUGGUUCUGUGUUUGGUGGGUUUAAAGUGAUCACAUGGUGCCUUCACCUGAAAACUCAGCUCCCAGCUCCUCUGAGACUAAUGUGAUUUAUGUUUUUGUUCAAUAAAAACUUUUCUAUAACCAA